AUGGCCGAAAAUGAAGUGACUUUACUUGAGCACAACCAUCCGAUGUUUCUCCAACCCCCCGACGCUCCAGGUCUAGUUUUAGUCCCAAUUAAGCUCACAGGGCCCGAGUAUUAUGCCCUAUGGAGCAGGGCGAUGAAGCUAGCAUUGAGAGGAAAAGGAAAGCUUGGAUUUGUGGAUGGAACAUGUGUCAAAAGCACAUACAGAGGAGAACUUACAGAGCAGUGGGAAAAGUGUAACGCAAUUGUAUUAUCGUGGAUCGGAAGCACUAUUGCAGGUGAGUUAAUGCCUAGCAUUGUAUUUGCUUCAAAUGCAAAGAAAGGUACAGACUCUGUUACUAGCUACUAUACGAAAAUGAGUGAUUUGUGGAGUGAGUUAGAUGUGUUGGUCCCAACCUCUACUUGUGAUUGUGAGGAGUCUAGACCAUCCUUAGAACAUUUAGCUCAACAGAGGUUAUUACAAUUCCUAACGGGGCUGAAUGAGACUUACAGUAAUGUAAGGAGCAAUCUAUUGCUAAGAAGGCACGUCGUUACUGUGAAUGAGGCCUAUGCUAUUGUAACACAAGAAGAAAGCCAAAGGUCAUUAGGAUUUGUCGACACAAACAGGGAUCCUUUAACAAUGAUGGCAGGAAGAGACCAAAUUUUAAAACCAAAUAAGUUUGGGCUGAUUUGUGAUCAUUGUGGUUUCAAGGGCCACUUAAAAGAAAACUGUUAUGAGAUCAUUGGUUAUCUAGCAGAUUUUAAGAGCAAAAAGAAAUUUCAAGGUGAAGGAGCUAGACCUUAUGUGAAUGCUGCAAGUACUGAAGCAGGAGAAGGCUCAGGGAAUCCGUUUCAGGGUCAUGUGUUGACAGAGGAGCAAUACAAGCAAUUGGUAGGUCUUCUGAACAAGCCAACAACAGGAGAUUGUUCUUCAAACAUGGCAGGUAUAGCCUCUCUAUUAUGUAGUGCAUCAGUAGAAGAAUGGAUAGUGGAUUCAGGAGCCACACAUCAUAUUACACAUAAUAAGGAAAUCUUAAGCAACGUUAGAGAAAUGACAGAACAUAGUGGAGUUCAGCUGCCAACAGGGAAUAAAGCAGACAUAAAACAUACAGGAAGUACAGUGGUCCUAGGAAAUAAAAGUGUGGACAAUGUUCUACAUGAACUUUACAGUGGCAAGGUGCCGGGGAUUGGUAGAGAAUCAGGUGACCUAUAUUUGUUGAAAGGAAGAGCAAUAAUAUUGGCAAUGAAUCAAAGUAGUUGUGCCUAUACUCCACAACAAAAUGGAGUUGUGGAGAGGAAACAUUGGCACAUUCUUGAAAUGGCUAGAGCAUUGAAGUUUCAAAGUGGGAUUCUUAUUAAAUUCUGGGGAGAUUGUGUGAGAACUGUAGUGUAUUUGAUAAAUAGACUGCCAACAUCUGUAUUAGCAGGUAAGACUCCAUAUGAACUGCUUUACAAGAAACAAACCAACAUAGAACAUUUGAGGGUGUUUGGUUGCCUAUGCUAUACAAGUAGCUUGCCAAUGGGAGAUAAGUUUGCUCCUAGAGCAAGAAGGACUGUACUCAUUGGUUAUUUUGAUACCCAAAAGGGUUAUAGGGUUUGUGACUUAGAAAGUAAAUCCUUCCUUAUUAGUAGAGGUGUAGUUUUUAAGGAGCACAUAUUUCCUUUCAAGAAUCUUCCCAGCAAUACAGAUGAUAUGUUUGUGCAAGAUGUGACUGCUGUGCCUCCAGUUCUCCAAGACAGUGUUAUGUAG